UGUUCACCAUAUUUGGACAUAGAUCCGCUGCUUUCCCCAUCUCUCUCGCCAGAAAAAACAAGGUGACAUAUGGAGUCCUGCUCGUUGGACCGAGCCAGUGUGCGAACAUGAGCGUGUUUGAAUGGUAGAAUCCUGUCAGCAGCUGGAAGAACUGACUUCACCUCUGGUUUGGAAAUAUCUAAACAGAAGGAUAUUCGCGUAAAACAGCGAUGCCCUGUGCACAAACCCAGCAUGCAUCCCUGCCCCAUGACAUCUUCUUUAGCUCUGAGCUUGUGAAUCCUGAUCUCAGUCCAAAACUAGUGAUGGAAGAUAAAGGCCAGAGGGGCCAGCUCUCUACAUCCUCCCUGCCAAGCAUCAACACUUUAGUGGGAAACGGCUAUGCUGGGCAGUUUGAUGCCUACUCCUGCAAGGUUACCACUGCCCCUGCUGCGACUACAGUUUCUUUAAGCCACCCAGCAGCUGCUGAUAGCUCUAGUCCACACAUGCAGAACCAACCCUUCAAGCUGGAUGAUCUCCCGGUGUAUGGCUGUUACCCAGGAUCUUUUGCACUUAGCUGCCUUGAUGAAACACUCUCAUCAUGCGGCUCAGAAUUCUAUGCCACUGUUUCCUCUCCAACCCAGGGAUUUCAGACAGAGUCUGCACCUGUCUGGGAUUCCCCUUUUAGCCCUUUCCCCUCAGCUCCUCCAUGCUCAGUGGACAAGGCUGCCAUGCCACAGCAACUCUCCUUUUUGACCUUCAGCCCCGCACCAGAACAGCACUCCACUUUGGGCCACCACCAGGAUUCUUUUCCUGGUCCGGAUGACCCUUUCUUCCUGUCUUCUCGGCAGCACGUGUAUCCCCUUCACUGCCUCCACACGUCUCUGGAAAACGGACCUAGGGAAAGCCCCAGAAUGGUGGAGGCGGUAAUGAUGUCUCCUAAAACCCCAAACUCAGGCACCAAUGAAGGCCACUGUGCAGUUUGUGGUGACAAUGCAUCCUGUCAGCACUACGGAGUCCGCACCUGUGAAGGAUGCAAAGGUUUCUUCAAGCGAACUGUUCAGAAAAAUGCUAAAUAUGUGUGCCUUGCCAAUAAAGACUGUCCAGUGGACAAGAGGAGGAGAAACCGAUGCCAAUUCUGCCGGUUCCAGAAAUGUCUCGCUGUGGGAAUGGUCAAAGAAGUUGUCCGCACAGACAACCUUAAAGGUCGUAGAGGACGCCUGCCUUCCAAGCCAAAGAGUAUGAUUGAGGCUUCAUCCACGAUCCCCAAUGUCAACAUCAUUGCCUCUCUUGUAAAGGCUCAUUUAGACUCAAAUCCAAGUGCAGGAAAGCUAAACUACUCCAGGUACCAGGAGAAAACCAAUCAUUUGAAGGAAAAGGAAGAUGCUGGUGAUAUCCAGCAGUUCUAUGAGCUGCUCACUGGUGCCUUGGAUGUUAUAAGAAAGUGGUCUCAAGCCAUCCCAGGGUUCACAGACUUCUGCGAGGAGGAUCAGGAGCUCCUCCUUGAAUCUGCAUUCGUGGAGCUCUUCAUCCUCCGUCUGGCUUAUAGGUCAAAUCCAGAGAAGGAUAAGCUUGUCUUCUGCAACGGUGUGGUCCUCCAUCGACAGCAGUGUGCCCACAGCUUUGGAGACUGGAUUGACUCGAUCAUGGAGUUUUCACAGAGCCUUCACCGGAUGAAUUUGGACCUCUCCUUGUUUGCCUGUCUUGCAGCGCUUGUGAUCAUCACCGAUCGCCACGGCCUCAAGGAGCCAAGACGCAUUGAGGACUUCCAAAGUAAUCUCAUCAGCUGUUUAAGGGAACAUAUGAGGCUUGCAGCGCAUCUUCUACCUAAAACUGGAAGAUCUGGUCCCUCCUCCACCGAUAGUGGAGAAGAUCUUUAUGGAUACUCUGCCAUUCUGAAAAAAAAAGACAAAAAAGGAGGUGAAGAGAAAAUGCCUGCUAUAAUUGAAAAAACCCCACAAUGGAAUGAAGUCAGUGUGUGGUAUAACUGAAUAAAAUACGAAAAUAGUGAAAAAAAACAGAGAUCAUAGCUAAA